UAGUGCCGCGUCUGGCUGCAGCGAGUCAGACAGCGAACAGAAACGAGCUGCAAGGGAGGGGUGCGCACACACACACGAACGGGGAAUAUUGCCACCGCCGGCAUUCCAGUCUCCGGGAAUAACACUUAUUCCACACUUCGGGAUUGCACUGAUUUUUUUAUUACUGUUAUCUGGACACGAGGAACCAGGACGCGCAUUGAAUCCGCACCCGUGGAGCUUUUUAACCCAGCCGUUCCCAGCUCAAUCCCACCCUCCUCCUGUAAGUUUUCCCUCUUUGUUUCCAGACCCAUCCAAGAUGCCUAGUUCGCUGUUCGCCGACAUGGAGCGGAGCGGCAGCGGCGGGCAGGGGGACGCCCUGGAUGACCAAAGAGCCCUGCAGAUCGCCCUGGACCAGCUCUCGCUGCUCGGACUGGAUAACGAUGAAAAUUCCCUGUAUGACAACGAGCCCAGGAAAAAGAGCGUGAACAUGACCGAGUGCGUUCCCGUUCCCAGCUCCGAGCAUGUUGCUGAAAUCGUCGGCAGACAAGGUUGCAAAAUUAAAGCCCUACGAGCAAAGACCAAUACGUAUAUCAAAACUCCGGUGCGGGGAGAGGAGCCAGUCUUUGUUGUGACAGGCAGGCGAGAGGAUGUAGCCAUGGCUCGGAGGGAGAUCAUCUCAGCGGCAGAGCACUUCUCCAUGAUCCGAGCCUCGCGGAACAAAAACAGCAGCCUGAAUGGGAAUGCCACGGUGCCGGGGCCGCCCAACCUGCCCGGUCAGACCACCAUUCAGGUGCGUGUGCCCUAUCGCGUUGUGGGACUGGUGGUCGGACCCAAGGGGGCCACCAUCAAGCGCAUCCAGCAGCAGACGCACACCUACAUCGUCACGCCCAGCCGGGACAAAGAGCCCGUGUUCGAGGUGACGGGCAUGCCAGAGAACGUGGACCGGGCCAGGGAGGAGAUCGAAGCACACAUCGCCAUGCGCACGGGUGGCCUGAUCGAGUUCACAGACGAGAACGACUUCCACGCCAACGGCACUGACGUGGGCUUCGACCUGCACGGGAACGCCAGCCUGUGGAGCAAGCCGAGCUCCAGCGCCACGCCCACCUCGGGUCGCAAGCCUUUUUCCAACUACCGCAACGACAGCUCCAGCUCUCUGGGGAGUGCCUCUACCGACUCGUAUUUUGGCGGCAACAACAGCAGCUCCCGGCUUGCUGAUUACAGCCCACCAAGCCCCGCCCUCAGCUACACUGCCUCCAGCAACGGCAACAACAACAACAACAACAACAACAUCAACAUGAACGCCAACGGCAAUGGAUUUGUCUACGGCGGCGAGACAAUCUCGCCCGAUUGCACUGAUCUGACCUUCGAUCCGUCGCCGGGAUUCGACCCCACUCCGGCGCCGCCGGGCCUGAUGUGGUCACAGUAUGAGCGUGCUGCCAAUGGCACUUCGGCCUCGUCGCCCGUUUUCCCCACCAGUUCUUCCACAAACGCCAACGGGCUGCUGGCGAGCCAGCGUAGAGCCAACGGGGUGGGAUGCACCAGCCAGCCCAGGCUGUCCCCGCCACUCCACCAAACCAAUGGCGUGGCAGAGCACCCAUUGGCGCGCCGGGUGCGCAGCGACCCGGGCGGAGGCACCCUCAGCUUCCCCGGCUACUCCCCGGUGCUUCCGGGAUCCCAUCACCCUGGCGUUCCCUCCGACUCGUCCAUCUCCUCGUCCUCCUCGUCGUCCUCUUCAUCCUCAUCCGGGACGAGCCGCAAGGGCAGCCGGGACUGCUCGGUGUGCUUUGAAAGUGAGGUGAUCGCGGCCCUGGUGCCCUGCGGCCACAACCUGUUCUGCAUGGAGUGUGCCAACCGCAUCUGUGAUAGGAACGAGCCUAAAUGCCCCGUCUGUCAUGCUGCAGUUACUCAGGCUAUACGUAUAUUUUCAUAAAUGGUGGCCACGUGCCCUCCUUGACUUUCGUGAGAGCCUAAUAACGUGUGUUAUUGUACAUGUAUAUACAUAUGUAUGUAGAGCUGCAGUAUCCAAAAAGGGACAACCAUUUCUGGUGUAAUUGUCUAUAAUGUACUGUAGCUCGGGACAAAUAUUUUCAACAUCUAAUGCAUGUUUUAAAUAUUAAAACCUAGUAAUCAAUAGUUUUAGUCAACUGUACACAAGCAAGCGUUAAUGAAGUAAGGACAGGUACCGUAGUCAGUUCGUCGACUGUUAGCAUAAGCGGGCCUUUCGAUUCUGCUGAUCGAAUGUACUGGUAGCAGACCUGGAGUUCGGGGAAUCUGGACGGCUUCCUGUCUGACAGACAAACAAAGACUUACAGCGAUGGAGAUACUGCAGCUUACACAAUGGAACUCGUUUGAGGGAGAACAGCAACAUAUCCUACAUAUAUAUAAGUAUAUAUGUAUAGAUCAACCAUAAAUUCCACAAGUUUUAAAUAUUCAUUAAUACAGAUUGAAGUAUUUUAUUCUUUUUUGACUUGAAAGAUUAUAUUUCGUAUUGCAAAGAUGUUUACAGAUAUUUUAAUUUAAGUUCAGUGAACUUUUUUGUAGCUGGGUUCAAAUAUCUUUUUAUUUUUUAGUAUGGCCUCGCGGCAGUGAACACUGUAUUAUUUUAAUAUCACUCGAAAAGCGGAUGGCGAUUCAGACCACGAAAUGUGUUUUUGCAUCGGACAGUAUUCUGUUGGGUUGGAGGGUUUCUAAGUUCAGCAAAAAAUGUCUUUUAAAUCUGUUUCACCCAGCAUAUUUUCUAUUCAGUAAUAUAAAGCAUAUUUUAUUCUAUAUUAUUACGAAAUGUCGAAAUGUAUAAAACUUAGUACGAUCAGACAAAAAGGAACCGUUUAAGCUUUCUAAAAAUUUGUAUGAAUUAGAUUCCAGUGGGUAUCACAGAGUUCUGUUCUGUUGCGCCACUAUAGGUUUAGGAUUUCUAUUUUAAUACGUUUGUUUACCACUUGUUUAUGUAUAUGUAGGUGAAGUUACUUGAGUGUCUAUGUACUUUAUUGAGCAAAGUUUAAAAACAAAGUAUAUUUUAUUUUAUGAUAAAAGGCCUUUAACCUCAUGGUCAAAUACUAAUAUUAUAUUUGCUGAAACAAGAUUUGAAAAUGUAUCAAGAGUUUUAUUUUUCUGACAUUUAAAGUUCUACAUGAUAAAGUAAAACUUAAGUAAUGGUGCUACUUCAUGUUUUUUUUUUUUUUUAAGUAUUUCUAUAUAAGUCCAAUAAAAUGGUACAUGAA